GGUUGCAGUGACUCGAGAUCCUGCCACUGUCCUCCAAUCUGGGCAACAGAGUGAGACUCUGUCUCAACAAAACAAACCACCAUACUGUGGUUCCGAUGACCUGCACCUUGUCAGAGGGGUCACACGGCCUUGAAACGUAACAGUCACAUGUUCUAGGCUCCUGUGUACACUGGGAAUACAUAACUCAGGGGUUCUGGGAAAGGGAUUUCUCAGAACUUAAGCCGGGAAGUGAUUUGAAAACUUCCAGUAUCACUCCCUCUAUCCUCUCAGGAAGUAUUUUUUUUAAGCCACUGAGUGAAUCACCCUUGAGUUGCACAAGAAGGAAACGCCGCAUAGAGUGAAAAAUGACAGCAAACUGCUGAGGUCACUUCCCCAGGCCCACUGAAUGAGAACAUCAGUUCCUGUGCUGGAGAGAAAGGCAGUGAGAGGAGAAACUGAGGUCCAGCUCGUCCCUGGCUCUCUCUCUCUCUCAGGUUCUGAUGUGUUUUCCAAGUCUGCAGAGCAGUGAUGCUGCCUGUGCCCCAGGCAGAAAACCGUGUUCCGGCUGCAGCCAACCACUGCAGGCUCAAUGUCUCUGGUGUAUCUCAGAGAUACGCAGGUGGAGGCAUACACAGAAUACCUGAGGACCAUCCACUAUAUCUCCCAGGCGUUACUGGAAGAAGUGGAAACCACUAAAGAAGCUAGGGAGACUGUGCCCCCGGACACCUCCAAGAUGCUGAAGCUAGCACAGCAGUGUCUGGAGAGGGCCCAGUCAACGGCCACCAAGCUUGGGAAAACACGCCUGAAGGCAACCAUGCCUGCCGCUGCUCCCAUCCCCCAGCCUGCUGGCAGACACCGCCGCGUCUACUCCGACGAGGGAGGGAAGCUCUCUCCUUUUCUGCCACCCGAGAUCUUCCAGAAGCUUCAGGGGGCAGAGUCACAAAGCUCUAAGAAAGAGCUGACGCCACUGGAGGAGGCCUCCCUGCAGAAUCAGAAGCUGAAGGCUGCGUAUGAGGCCCGAAUGGCCCGGCUAGACCCCAGCCAGGCCAUGCAGAAGACAUCCCUGACCCUCUCUCUACAGCGGCAGAUGAUGGAGAACCUAGUGAUCGCCAAAGCCCGGGAGGAGACACUCCAGAGAAAGAUGGAGGAGCGCCGGCUGCGGCUCCAGGAGGCCGCCAACAGGAGGUUUUGCAGCCAGGUCGCCUUGACCCCGGAGGAACGGGAGCAGCGGGCCCUUUACGCCGCCGUCCUGGAGUACGAGCAGGACCACGACUGGCCGAAGCACUGGAAGGCCAAGCUCAAGAGGAGCCCGGGGGACCUGUCACUCGUGACCAGCCUGGUCUCACACCUGCUCAGCCUCCCCGACCACCCGAUCGCGCAGCUCCUGAGGCGGCUGCAGUGCGCCGUGUACAGCGCCCUGUACCCCGCCGUGAGCAGAGCAGCCGCGCCAGCCCCGGGCUGCUGCCCCCCGACCCCCAACCCCGGAAGCCGACGGCUGCGGCCCUCGCAGAGCCUCCAUUGCAUGCUGUCCCCGCCCGAGCCCAGCGCGGCCCCGCGGCCCCAGGACUGCCCCCCCACGCCCCCACUCCAGCCCGGCCCCGUGGGGCCUCCCUCGCCCCUGGGGGACACCGCAUCUGGAUUGCCGGACAAGGACAGCUCAUUCGAGGACCUGGAGCAGUUCCUGGGGACGUCUGAGCGGCAGGGCCAGGGCCGUGGGGUGCAGCCGGAGCCCCAGCUGCAGCAGCUGAAGAGCGCGGUGGAGGAGAUCCACAACGCCAUCGCAGACAGGCUGCUCUCGCUGACCCUUCUGGCCUUUGAAGGCCUAAACACAGCUGCCUCCAAGGACCGCUGCCUGGCAUGCAUUGAGGAGCCCUUUUUCUCCCCGCUGUGGCCUCUGCUGCUGGCCCUGUACAGGAGUGUGCACCGAGCCCGGGAGGCUGCCCUGAGCAGGAGCAUGGAGCUCUACAGGAAUGCACCCCCCACCGCCAUUGGCAUCCCCACCAAGCUUCUCCCCCAGAACCCUGAGGCCAAGGGGGCCACUGGCUACCCCUACUGCGCCGCGGCCCAGGAGCUUGGACUGCUGGUCCUGGAGAGCUGCCCCCAGAAGAAGCUGGAGUGCAUAGUGCGGACCCUGCGGGUCAUCUGUGUCUGCGCGGAAGACUACUGCCCCACGCCGGAGGCCACACCCCAGGCCGGGCCCCAGCCCAUCGCUGCGGCUGCCAUUGGUGCCGACGACCUGCUGCCCAUCCUGUCCUUCGUGGUGCUAAGGAGCGGCCUUCCUCAGCUGGUGUCAGAGUGCGCGGCCCUGGAGGAGUUCAUCCAUGAGGGGUACCUAAUCGGAGAGGAGGGCUACUGCCUGACAUCACUGCAGAGUGCCCUGAGCUACGUGGAGCUGCUGCCCCAGGGAGGCCUGGCCAAGUAGUAGAGCCAGACCCCAGGGCCCCUACAGGGCCCGGCCUCACCUCCCAGGGCCAUCUCUCCUGCACCUAGAGCCACGGGGUCUACUGAGGACCAUCCUGGAGCCUCACGCUGCUCUGCACACGGCAGGGGCUUGUCCACUGUGGUGUACUCUCCAGCUCUUGCCCCUUCCCCACCUCACAUCUAACCCUGGAGCUUGGGGUUGGCACCUCUGCCCCAAUAGAGUGGGGCUGAAUUAGCUCCAGGAGGAACCUGCUCACCUGUGCAGGCCUCAGAGAGGCUCCGAGAAGGGAAGCUGCGGGCUCCGGUGGGUGCCGGCUCAGCGAUGAGCAUCUGGCUGGGUUUGCUCAGCGCCUCACUGGGGCAGCUCCUGGGGAGCGUCAGGGAAGAAGGGUCCCUGAGCCAGCCAGCGGUGGAGACGGCAGUCCAGUUUCUGCCCCCUGUGACCCCUAGAAGGGGAGUUGUAGCCCCAUGAACUAGUUUCUUGUCUGGAUCAGGAACAAGGGCCGGCUGGUGCCUGGGGUGCACCUGGUGGGAGGCUGUGCUGUUUGCUGAUGGGCAGGGACAUCCCUGCGGGGUCCAGGGCUCUGAGCCCAGGACAUUCCCUGCCCCUUGCUCACCUUGUCUGUGGGCCGUGAACAUUCCGGGACCCUGGGCAUCUUCUCCAGGUCCGUGCAGCCCAAGGGUCAGCCCUCUAACUGUCACAUGCUGCCCCCACCCAGCCUGAAAUAAAGAGGUCACUGCUGUGC